AUGAACAUCCUUGAGCUCACUACAACUUCUUUUGCUGGACUUGAAGGUGUUCUAACCAAUUUGGAAGUCCUUCAAGUGGGCACUAUUCACCCAGACACACUUAUGAAGCACUCGAAAAUUGCGUCACUAACUCUUGACAGUGAUCGACUCCCUAAACUGCCUAAUGAUAUCAGAGGAAAUGUAGAUAUUCCAACCUUUCUUCGUCUACAACCACAGGAUCCCAGUAUGCCUAUAGAAGUAAACGUGGAGGUUAGGUGUCACAAGUGUGUUGGAGAAAAACCCAUUGAAAAGUCCGCAAUACUAACAUUUCCAUUGCACGAAUCGGUCAGAUCUGGAGGAACACUGGAUUCUCUUACUAUGGUGUACAUGGACAAUUGUCCAACUUUGAGCAAAGCUCUGGGCUGUCCAAAAAAUGGCUCUUUUGACGAUUACAUAGUAAGUGUAAAUGCAUCGAACGGUUGGAAGGUUGAGCUGGAAGAGGUUGAAGAAAGUGGCCUACGCGCGGCGGAAGGGAGUACUCGUAUGAAGCCCCUUUUGUUGUCAGUAAUAAUCUGGUGCACUGUACUCACAGUCCUCUUAAUUUGUCUCAUUGUCGCACUAAUAAUUCGACGACGAGUUAGAGCAAAGAAACAAAGGGAGGAACGCAAUACCUUCCAACGUCGAUACUCUGCUACCUCCUUGAAGCACAUCAUCUGCGGAACUGCUUCCUGUGAGGAACUGCAUCGAGCCUCUCUGAGUAACGGUGGCACGUGGUUCUAUGGGACACCAUUACAGAACUCAUGUUCAAACCUUCUGAGUGAAACGCGUAGUCAAUACUCUUUCCGACCACCUUUCUCCGGUCUGGCUUAUUCGCAUCUACGUGGAAGUGCAUAUUCGACCGAAUUACCACCUCCAGGCUACCGAGCCUCUAUACCAGACUUUCUCAACAUGGUACCACGACAUAAGUCUUCUGUGGAGAACGGUGAUAUCCUUCUCAUGAAUGGGGAUCCUGGUCUGCCUCCCUUGCCGACAAGUGUUGGAUUCAGGCUUCCAGGCACACCUUCCUACAAGCGGUCGCACGAUGGCACCUUCAAGAUGGUUCAGUAG